UCGUCUUCAAUUCAUCUAUCUCCUCUCAUACCAUGAAGACAUUCGUGGCUGUAUUUGCUAUUUUGGCAGUAGCUGCUGCAUCUCAAACAGCUAAGAAACAUGACAAACGGGGUUUACUCAAUGGUGGAGCAGACUCCUACGCAUUAGCUGGAAGUGCAGCUAGCUUGGGUGCCGCUAGCAAUACAAUAAUUGAAGGAAAUUCACUUGCUAGUGCAAACGGUUUCAUUCCCAGCGCCGGACCUAUUGGUCUAGGUGGGGGUAAUAUUGCACUUUCAAGUGGUAACAUCGAAUUGGGAGGAGCAUCAUAUGCUUUAAAUGGAGCAUCACUUGGAUUAGGUGCUGGAUCUGCUGGAUUAGCAGCUGGAGCUGCUGGAUUAUCUGCCGGAAAUGGUAUUAUCAGUAGUAAUACAGUUCCUGGAAGAACAACAUACUCGCAAAGUGCUCAAUCAGUUCGUAUCAACCAACCGUAUCCAGUUCAAGUAACCGUUAACCGCAAAGUACCAUACCCAGUACCUCAACCAUACGAAGUUGCUGUUCCACGUCCAGUUCCCGUAGAAGUACCACAACCAGUACGCGUUCAAGUCAAUAAACCAGUACCAGUACAAGUCAACCAACAUGUUCCAGUCGGUGUACCAACCCCAGUCCGCGUCCGUGUUCCAAGACCAUACCCAGUACCAGUUGACCGUCCAUACCCAGUAGAAGUACCACAACCAGUUGGAGUACGUGUACCACAACCAUACGUCGUAAAUGUUCCACAAGCGGUUGUUGCACCACCAACAAACACAAUUAUUGCUCCACUUAAUGGUGGUUCUAUUAACGGUUUAGCACUUAACGGUGCAUCUGGCUUAGCAAUCAAUGGUGCAUCUGGAUUAGCACUUAAUGGUGCAUCAGCUGCUGGAUUAGCAUAUGGUGGUUCAUAUGCUCUUGGUGGUGCUUCUGGUUUAUCACUUAACGGUGGUAGAAUUAUUCUUAACGGUGGACAAGGAUUAUCAGGAUUAUCACUUUCUGGAUCAAAUGGAUUAUUAAUUGGUUCAUCCGGAUUAUCAUCAUCAGGAUUAUCAGGCCUAUCUCUUUCAAAUGGAGCUUCAUCUGGUGCACUCUUAAGCAGUGGUGGCUAUGGUGCUUCCUAUGGUAGUUCAUAUGGUGGUUCAUAUGGUGGUUCAUAUGGAUCAUCAAUUCCAUUGGGUUUAAUUUCAUCAGGAGGAAUCUCUGGAGGUAGUUUGGCAUUAAGUAGUGCCCAUUCUUCAUUGAGUUCAUCCGGCCACAACCACCAUCACCACCAUUAAAAAAUAGUGCCUAGUCUGUUUUGUAUUUUUUAUAUUUAAAUAGUUGUUAAAAUAUCUGUUACUUUGUUAUUUUUUAUAUAUUUUUUUUAAAAAGAAUCAACGAAUAAAUUUUGACUACAUA